AGCCCCUCCAAGCGCUUUGUUUCUUUCUUUAUGCUCUCCCCUCAAUCCCUCUCCCUACGACCCCUUCUUUCAUUUUCUUUCUCUCCGUCCAGAUCUACGUCGGCUUCUUUCAGGUUCAUGUCUUCUCGCCAGCAGCCGCCCUGGCGGCAACCGGCCUCCAGCGCGCAACUGCCCGCAUUGAAGGUGUGGAACUCUUUGACCAAGUCGAAGACUCCCUUCGUCCCGAUCGACCCUGCAGGAAAGAAGGUUGUGUGGUACGCCUGUGGACCGACUGUUUACGACGAUGCGCAUUUGGGACACGCCCGCAACUAUGUCAGCACCGAUAUCAUUCGCCGAAUCAUGCGCGACUACUUUAAAUUUGAUGUGCACUUUGUUAUGAACAUUACGGAUGUGGACGACAAGAUCAUUCUUCGCGCUAGACAACAACAUUUGUUCAACGAAUUUGUCGCUACAAACCCUACGAUUACCCCAGAGGUCCUCGAAACUGCUAAGCAUGCCUUCGCUGCCUAUCUUACGAAAAAUCUAUCCUUGCUCGACUCCGAACUCCCCCCUUCACAAUACCAGAAUGAGGUGGAAAAGACAUAUGCGACUAUUUUGAACGGUGGAGCACUGCCCGGCAAUGAGAAGGCUGGUGAUGAUGAAGCUAAGGUCAAAAUGCACAUCAAGACGGCCGCCUCGGCAGCCAAGGUCAUCACGCAGGCUGAAGCUCGUGGUAGUGUUGACCCUGCUGCUUUUGCCGAAUCAUUCUAUAAUGGGGCUCAAGAUCUUAUUCUGCCCUACCUCGAUGCCCUUAAGGGUGCAUCGGUUAAUGCGGAUGACCAUAGUAUCUUUACUAAGUUGACUAAGAGAUAUGAGGAGCGAUUCCUUCGGGAUAUGCGGGAUCUGAAUGUUCUUGACCCUACUGAGUUGACUCGCGUUACAGAAUACGGUGACGAAAUUGCGGCUUUCGUUGAACGUAUCGUAAAGAACAACUUUGGAUAUGCUACAAAAGAUGGAUCAGUGUACUUCGAUAUUAAUGCUUUCGAAGCUGCGGGUCUCCCGUACGCUCGCCUCGAGCCGUGGAGUCGGUCUGACAAUAAGCUAGCCGCAGAAGGAGAAGGCUCCUUGGCUAGUAAGAGUACAGAGAAGCGUGGUGCUUCCGACUUUGCUCUCUGGAAGUCUUCGAAGCCCGGCGAGCCUAGCUGGUCUAGCUCCUGGGGUAAGGGUCGCCCCGGAUGGCACAUUGAGUGCUCGGCCAUGGCAUCCGCUAGGCUAGGCAAGCAGAUGGAUAUCCACUCUGGUGGUAUUGAUCUUGCCUUCCCCCAUCACGACAAUGAACUGGCCCAGAGUGAAGCAUACUGGCACGGACACGGAUCCCACGACCAGUGGGUCAACUACUUCCUCCAUAUGGGCCACCUAUCUAUCCAAGGAUCUAAGAUGUCUAAGUCGUUAAAAAACUUCACAACUAUUCGGGAGGCCCUCGACCGCAAGGAUUGGACUCCUAGAGGCUUACGUAUCGUCUUCCUCUUAGGUGGCUGGAAGGAGGGAGUUGAGAUCACGGAUGAUCUCGUGAGAACCGGCAGCUCAUGGGAGGAGAAGGUGAACAACUUCUUCCUUAAGGUCAAAGACCUUGCCACUUCCCAGUCAUCAGGCACCGAAACCGCGUUCGCUGCCGACUUAGAGGCGGCCAAAAAGGCAGUCAACGACCAGCUCUGCGAUUCUUUCAAUACCCCGGCUGUUAUGCAGUCAAUUUCUGAGCUCAUCUCCAAAUUUAACAUUGUCGAUAAGGCCAGCGUGCCCGCCAAGGAUAUUCUGGCCGCGGGCCAGUGGGUUACCUCAAUGGUGAACAUCUUCGGUCUGAACGGCACUUCUUCGGCCGAUAGCAACAACACUGAAAUCGGCUGGUCGGGCAUCGACAUCCCCGUCGAAGCUAAGCCGUACCUAUACCCGCUCGCCGCUAUUCGAGACACACUCCGUGAAGCUGCACGGUCUUCAGCUGGAAUCACUGCAAAGGAUCUCGAAGAAGCACUCGCCCGUACAUCGACUCCCCAAGAAGCCCCUGAAUCCGCCAAGCCAUACGCCGAUAUUUACACCAACUUCCGCGCAAAGGUUGCAUCCUUAGAGUCUUCUCCCUCCCAGUCGAUCAGCAAAGACGUUCUGUCUCUAUGCGAUCGGGUCCGAGACAUCGACCUCUUCGAUGUCGGUGUCUACCUCGAAGAUCGGGAGAACCAGCCCGCCCUCGUUCGGCCAGUCACCCAAGAAAUGCUUAAGGCCCGGGCAGAAAAGGAAGCCAGGGCCACCCAGAAGUUGGCUGAAAAGAAGAAGCAAGAACAGGAAGCUUUGAAGAAGGCAGAGAAGGGCAAGCUCAGCCAUCUUGAGAUGUUCCGCACCAACGAAUAUAGUGCCUGGGAUGAGGAAGGCAUUCCCCUUCGUGAUGCUGCGGGUGAGGAAAUUACCAAGAGCCGGUCUAAGAAGCUCCGCAAGGAGUGGACGGUCCAGAAGAAGGCGCACGAGGCUUGGUUGGCCACUCAGGCUAAAUAG